AUGUCAGGGUUUCUCCAGCACCAGGCCCCCCUGAACACUGAGGAGCCACACAGUGGCAGUGAGAUUUCAGAGGAAUUUCUCAAUAGAAAAAGGCAUCACCAAUGGGAUGAAUGUGACAAAGCUGACAGCCCCAACCAGAACCUUGUUCAACAUCAGGACUUCAGCUCUGGAGAAGUAAAAUAUGAAUAUAAUACAUAUGAGAACGCUUUCAGAUGUACCUUUAACCACAAUAGACAUAGGAGAGUUCACACUGGAGAAAAGUCCUAUCCAUGUGCUGACUGUGGGAAGUCUGUCAAUCAAAGGUCUUCCCUCAUUAAACACCACAGAGUUCACACUGGGAAAAAACCUUACAAAUGUAGUGAAUGUGGGAAAUCAUUUAGGCACAAUUAUUACCUCUUUAUCCACAAGAGAGUUCACACUGGAGAAAAACCAUUUGAGGGUAGUGAAUGUGGGAAAUCUUUUCCUGAAAACUCUAAACUGACUAAACACAAGAGCGUUCACACUGGAGUUAAACCAUAUAACUGUAGUGAAUGUGGGAAAUCAUUUAGGGGCAAUCAUCACCUCUUUACCCACAUGAGAGUUCACACUGGGGAAAAACCAUAUGAGUGCAGUGACUGUGGGAAGUCCUUCAGCAGUAGCUCGACUCUCCUUCGACACCACAGAGUUCACACUGGAGAAAAACCAUAUAACUGUAGUGAAUGUGGGAAAUCAUUUAGGCGCAAUCAUGAGCUCUUUAUCCACAAGAGAGUUCAUACUGGAGAAAAACCAUAUGAGUGUAUUGACUGUGGGAAGUACUUCAGCAAUAGGUCUAAUUUCAUUCGACACCACAGAGUUCACACUGGAGAAAAACCUUACAAAUGUUCUGAAUGUGGAAAAUCAUUUAGGCGCAAUUGUGACCUCUUUACCCACAAGAGAGUUCACACUGGAGAAAAACCAUUCGAGUGCAGUGAAUGUGGGAAAUCUUUUCAUGGAAAUUCUCAACUCACUAAACACAAGAGAGUUCACACUGGAGAAAAACCAUAUAACUGUAGUGAAUGUGGGAAAUCAUUUAGGCGCAAUUAUGAGCUCUUUAUCCACAAGAGAGUUCACACUGGAGAAAAACCAUAUGAGUGUAUUGACUGUGGGAAGUCCUUCAGCAAAAGGUCUAAUCUCAUUCAACACCACAGAGUUCACACUGGAGAAAAACCUUACAAAUGUAGUGAAUGUGGAAAAUCAUUUGGGAGCAAUCAAAACCUCUUUACCCACAAGAGAGUUCACACUGGAGAAAAACCAUAUGGGUGUAGUGAAUGUGGGAAAUGUUUUCGGUGCAACAGUCACCUCCUUAUACACCAGAGAGUCCACACUGGAGAAAAACCUUAUAAGUGUAAUGAAUGUGGAAAAUCAUUCAGGCAAAAUUCCAAUCUCAUGAAACACCAGAGAGUUCACACUGGAGAAAAGCCGUAUGAGUGUAGUGACUGUGGGAAGUCCUUCAGCAGCAGCUAUAAUCUCAUUCGACACCACAGAGUUCACACUGGCAAAGGGACUUAUGAGUGUAUUCAAUGUGGGAAAUCUUUUUGCUCUAAAUCUUUCCUCAUUCAACAUUUGAGAGUACACACUGGAAAAAGGCUUUAA